UCAAUAAAAGGAGCGGACCAAGGGGCUCGUGCCGCCUUGCAGACGCCUUCAUCUACUUGCCGCUAGCGUCCUACAGCCAUGGUCAACCCCACCGUGUUCUUCGACAUCGCCGUCGACGGCGAGCCCCUGGGCCGCGUCUCCUUCGAGCUGUUUGCAGACAAAGUUCCGAAGACCGCAGAAAACUUUCGCGCUCUGAGCACUGGAGAGAAAGGGUUUGGUUAUAAGGGUUCCUGCUUUCACAGAGUUAUCCCUGGAUUUAUGUGCCAGGGUGGUGACUUCACACGCCAUAAUGGCACCGGAGGCAAGUCUAUCUAUGGGGAGAAAUUUGAGGAUGAGAAUUUCAUCCUGAAGCAUACAGGCCCAGGCAUCUUGUCAAUGGCAAAUGCUGGACCCAACACAAACGGUUCCCAGUUCUUCAUCUGCACUGUUAAGACCGAAUGGUUGGAUGGCAAGCAUGUGGUCUUCGGCAGAGUGAAGGAGGGUAUGAAUGUUGUGCAGGCCAUGGAGGGUUUUGGCUCCAAGAAUGGCAAGACCAGCAAGAAGAUCACCAUUGCUGACUGUGGACAAAUCUAAUAAAUUUGAGUUGUUUUAUUAUAACCACCAGACCAUUCCUUCUGUAGCUCAGCAGAGCACCCCUCCACCCCUCUGCUCAAAACACCCUGUAACUGUGCUCUUGCUACAGUCCUUCAGUUUCCAUGUUUUCCUUAUCGAUCUCUUCCAAGUCUAGCUGGAUUUCAGAGUUAAGUUUAUGAUUAUGAAAUAAAAAAGUUGUGUGCCCUUAAUUGGGUUAGGGUGUUGA